UGAGAUACUCUUCAAGUUACUCUAUCAAUCAAGUGUUCUAGCUCACUAACUUCUGAUCUGCAAAGCUCAAAACACCAACUUUUUCCUAUAUCCUCCUUAGGCUCUCUCUCUCUCUCUCUCUCUCUCUCUCUCUCUUAGAAGCUUUGUAUCGAGUAUCAUGGCACCUCAUGGAGAGGCUAUUGCUAGCCCUUACAGCAGGAGCAACAACUUCUCCAAGCCGUCAAGGCUCUCUUCGGCUAGCCUUCAACGAACGGUAUCAGAUAUUUCAUUCGAACUUAGCAAGGAAGCGAUUGAUUUAGAAGCAGUACUCCCUCAAAUUUCCGAGGUUGAAGAUGCAAAAUGCGAGUGCUGUGGCAUGUGCGAGGAGUGCACGCUUGAGUACAUUGACAAGGUGCGCAACAAGUUCUUCGGAAAGUGGAUAUGUGGGCUGUGUGCCGAGGCAGUGAAGGAAGAGGUGGAGAAAAAUGGAGGGAAGAGAGAGGAGGCUUUGGAUUCACAUAUGAGUGCAUGUGUUAGGUUUAACAAAUUUGGAAGGGCUUAUCCAGUUUUGUUCCAAGCUGAGGCCAUGAGAGAGAUGUUGAAGAAAAGCAAAUUGGAAGGGAGAGGCGUGAGAGCCAAGUCUAUUAGUCCUAGGGACAAAGGAGCUGGGCAAAAGAAGGGUGGGAUCGCUCGGAGUUCAAGUUGCAUUUCGGCAAUUACGAGGGAGAUGAAUGAUCUCACCAUGGCCAAGUGAGUCACCAGCAAGCUUUUAUACGUCUCUAUGGAAGGACAUGCACGAUUCUAUCUAUACUACUUAUGAGCAUGUAUCCUCUUUAUUUUGCUAAAAAGUAUAUUUCGUUCUCCCUCCAAACCUUUUCACUAAAGCCCUAGCUAAUGUUUGUCUCCCCUUAUUUCCUAAGUAUGUUCUUUGAUCAUAUAUAUAUAUAUAUAUAGUUUUUGUGGACCAACCUUAAAAGCUUUUUGUUGGGUUAGUUCCAAGUUAAGCACACCUGAUCUUCAUCUCCGGGGCUUUUUAGCUUAUACCUUGGAUGAUUUUGCUGUAUGCCUUGAUUUCAGUUGUCCUCUCACAGGGAUUUUUUGGGUUCUCCCGUCUCUUAUAUCACCUUCCGGGGAUACGUAGCAAAUCCUAAUAUAUUUCACCCAUCGGGGUUUUUAUGGGUUGGCUCAAAUGGUCAUUCACAUUAAUCCAGGUUUUUCCUUUUUGGGUUAUGGGCACUCUGUUCAUCGGUCGUUUUUAUUCCCAAAUUGCUAGUUCAUAUAUGUUGACAUGUUGACAAUAAAUAUGGUUUUCCAGCUACUGAAGUCAAUUAGUUUCCUCAAAAAAGAGGGUCGAUUGGGUUCCUCAUCGAGGAUUUGAGGGUACUGGCUCUCUGACAUGAAAUCCUGCAUUAGCCGUGCGCAGCUGUGCAUACAGCAAAACCUCAUUGGUUGUGAAUCAUGUAUUUCUGCAGCAUAUUUACGCGGGUUAAAUAAGA